UGCUACUCCCGGUGUCUGCGUUUCACGUAUCCUCCGUAGUCCGUACGUGCCGCCAGAAUCAAAUCGGCGUUGCAACGUGCUGGGCGAUCUGCAUCAGUGUCAGUGGCCAGUGAUAAGGACAGUGGCCCAUUCGUUAACAACUGGAAUAUUCUUGCGGUCACGCGUGUGUAUCCAAUGGAGUUACGCCUUUUCCCACUCAGGCUUUCCUCUACAACGCUCCGCUGUCCGUCACUACGAUACAUCUCGCCUCUCCGUACAGCAUAUUUCGCCAGCAGUAAAGCAAGCAUGAGCACAGGCAGUGCGCUUCCGCAUCAGCAUACAGCGCUCCAGCAGCACCAUACCGACGCCGAGCAGCGCGAACACGCGACGCGCGACGCGAGCCAGUUCGACUCUCGGAAAGUACCGGCAGAGUCAAAUGGGUCGUUCAACAGGAAGGCCUCCACCUUUAGGAACUGGAUCUCCCAGGACGGCCAGUUCAAGCCCGAAAAAGGACGCUACCACCUCUACGUGACGUACGGAUGCCCUUGGGCAACCCGUACUCUGAUUGUUCGGAAGCUCAAGGGCCUCCAAGACAUCAUUCCGGUGACUGCCGCCGUGCCACGCAUGGACGCCAAUGGCUGGCCGUUUGCCAACGUUGAUCCGUUCCCCGGGUCAGACGAGGAUCCCCUUUACGGGGCAGGCCACCUCAAGGACCUGUACCUCCGUGUACAGCCCGACUACGAGGGCAGGUUCACUGUCCCGCUCAUCUGGGACAAGCAGCAGCAUACGAUCGUGAAUAACGAGAGCUCGGAGAUUAUUCGCAUGUUCAACAGCGCUUUCAACCAUCUCCUGCCUCCCGACCAGGCCAAGCUCGACCUCUAUCCCGAGUCUCUCCGCUCUGAGAUUGACAGUCUUAACGAGUGGGUGUACGACACUGUCAACAAUGGAGUAUACAGGGCCGGCUUCGCGCAGACGCAGAAGGCAUACGAGGACGCGGUCCUCGCACUCUUCGAGUCGCUCGACCGCCUCGAGGGGAUCAUCGCCAAAAAGGACUAUCUUAUUGGCGAUCGACUGACCGAGGCAGACGUGCGCCUCUUCGUCACUAUCAUCCGUUUCGACGUCGCGUACCACACGCACUUCAAAUGCAACAUCCGCAGCAUUCGUGCGGACUACCCUGCUCUUCACCGCUGGCUGCGCAAGCUCUACUGGACUGUUCCCGCGUUCAAGGACACGUGCAACUUCCAGCAUAUCAAAGCGACGUACUAUAGCAUGGGCAAUAUCAAUCCCUCCAAGAUUGUCGCCGUGGGUCCGGUGCCGGAUAUCUUACCACUGUAGGGUGGAGCAAAGUCGGAAUAUUAAUGUUGAAUACUAUCGAUGUAUAGGCUAUUGUGCUCGUGUUAUC